GUAUAUCAAAACGAUAUAAAGAACCCCUACCUGCUUCUCUCCUCCACAACAUCCAGACAACAAUCUCCACCUUCUCUCCUCCAUAACAUUCAAAGAAUUUCAUCCUCUCUCUCUUCUCUCAUCUCUUGCAGAGAGCUCUUUCUCUAAAUCUCUAAAGCUCCCCUAUCUUUACUUCUCAAGUUCCCUAAUAUGGCCUCUUUUGUUUCUACAUUGCUCUUCCAAGUCGUCCUGGUAGUUUCCCUCUUACAUUUUUCCAAUGCUGGGAGGAUACUCACUGGAUCAGUGGAGGAUCAGUCUAUGCUCUUCCAAUACCACAAUGGUCCCCUUCUCUCAGGAAAAAUCUCUGUCAAUCUCAUCUGGUACGGCAAUUUCAAACCUGCCCAACGCGCCAUUAUCUCAGAUUUCAUCUCUUCCCUCACAUCAUCCUCACAAGCUUCAUUGAAGCCCCAACCCCAACAGAGACCCCCUUUUCUCACUUGGUGGAAGAUCACAGACAAGUACUACCACCUCAGCUCCAAGAACAAGAAGCCCUCUUCCCUUUCUCUCCAAAUGGGUAAUCAGAUCCUUGACGAGAAUUACUCAUUGGGCAAGUCCCUCACUAGGAACCAAAUCUUGCAGCUCGCAGCUGGUGGCGAUCAUAGAAACGUCGUUAAUGUAGUUCUU